GACUGGAAAAUCUCAUAAUAAUAUUUACAUUAUCCGGGUUCCUUAGUUUAACGUAUUGGCUUGACAGAAUUUGACAAAUUAUGAGGGAAGGCAAAUUAUGGGUCACAUUUUGUGGUAUGAUCUUGCUGAUGUGUGAAUCAACAUUGGGUCGAUUUGUGGUUGAAAAGAAUAGUUUGCGGGUGACUUCACCACAAAAUCUAAAAGAUACUUACGAAUGUGCAAUUGGUAAUUUUGGUGUUCCUCAAUAUGGAGGAACAUUAGCUGGUGCCGUUCUUUAUCCGAAGUCUAAUCACAAGGCUUGCAGGAGUUUCACUGAUGAUGUUUCUUUUAAUUUCAAAUCUGGUGCCGGGCUUCCUGUUUUUCUUCUUGUUGAUCGUGGCGACUGCUAUUUUACCUUGAAGGCAUGGAAUGCACAGAAAGCCGGAGCUGCAGCCAUUCUUGUUGCAGAUGACAGGCCCGAACCAUUGAUCACCAUGGACACACCUGAAGAAGGACAUGCAAGAUCUAACUACUUACAAAACAUAUCCAUUCCAUCAGCACUCAUAAGUCAAUCACUUGGAGAAGCCAUAAAAAAAGCUUUAAAUAAACCCGAAAUGGUGAAAGUUAAUCUUGAUUGGAGAGAAGCUCUGCCGCACCCUGAUGACCGAGUUGAGUAUGAGUUUUGGACAAAUAGCAAUGAUGAAUGUGGGCCAAAAUGUGACACUCAAAAAAAGUUUUUGAAAGAUUUCAAAGGAGUGGCUCAAAUAUUAGAGAAAAAAGGCUACACUCAGUUUACACCACAUUAUAUUACUUGGUAUUGCCCUGAGGCUUUUAUUUUAAGCAAACAAUGCAAGUCUCAAUGUAUUAAUAAUGGAAGAUAUUGUGCUCCUGAUCCUGAAGAGGAUUUCAAUCGAGGGUAUGAUGGAAAAGAUGUCGUUGUCCAAAAUUUACGACAAGCAUGUUUUUAUAAAGUGGCUAAUGAAAGUGGAAAACCUUGGCUUUGGUGGGAUUAUGUGACGGAUUUUGCUAUUCGGUGUCCAAUGAGAGAGGAGAAAUACAAUAAAGAGUGUGCAGAAGAUGUAAUUGCAUCACUUGGUGUUGAUGUGAAGAAAAUAAAAGAAUGUGUGGGAGAUACAGAAGCCGAUGUAGAGAAUGCAGUGCUCAAGGCCGAACAGGAGGCACAGAUAGGUAAAGGUCCUCGUGGGGACGUCACAAUACUGCCAACUCUUAUAAUAAACAACAGACAGUUCCGGGGUAAGCUCGAUAAAGGAACUGUUCUGAAGGCUAUCUGUUCAGGGUUCGAGGAGACAACCGAGCCAGUCAUUUGCUUAAGAGAAGGAAUUGAAACUAAUGAGUGCAUGGAAAACAAUGGUGGAUGUUGGAUCGACAAAUCUACAAAUAUCACAGCAUGCAGGGAUACUUUCAGGGGACGAGUAUGCCAAUGCCCGAUUGUGCAGGGGGUAAAGUUUCAUGGUGAUGGUUAUAAACACUGUGAAGCUACCGGAGCUUUACGCUGUGGGCUUCAUAAUGGAGGCUGUUGGAAAGAUAGCCAGCAGGGCGUCACUUAUUCUGCUUGCAUUGAUAAGCAUACUAAGGGCUGCAAGUGUCCACCAGGAUUCAGGGGGGACGGCGUCAAAAUUUGUGAAGACAUAGAUGAAUGUGAAGAGAAGAUGGCUUGUCAGUGUCCCGAGUGCAGGUGCAAGAAUACAUGGGGUAGUUAUGAAUGUCGAUGUGGUGGCAAUUUACUCUACAUUAGAGAACAUGACUUAUGUAUAAGUAAAGAUGCAAAGCCAGGAGUAGGAUGGGGAUUUGUGUGGCUUAUCAUUCUUGGUUUGGCAGUUGCUGGAGGUGUAGGAUAUGCAUUCUACAAAUACAGAAUCCGGACGUAUAUGGAUUCUGAGAUCAGGGCCAUCAUGGCACAGUACAUGCCGUUGGACAAUCAAGCUGAACUUUCAUCUAAUGCAUCGCAUGGGAACGUAUAACUAGAAAACAAUGGCAACAAUAUAGAAGAGAACAAUAACAGAAAAUCUGGCACACUGAUCCGAAACUAACGUCUAUCUGCCAUAUAUGCAUACUAUACACAUAUAUGCACAGUACACACGCUCUAUCUAGAGAGUCACUGAUUGGCUCACCCACAAUCAUCAUGGCCUUAACCUCGUUUGUAAUUUUGUAAGUUAUCAUAUUGAUUCAUGUAGUUUAUGACAAUAAAUGGUCGACUUUCUCGAUGAUGCAAUAUGUACUCCAACUUGAGAUGAUAUAUACCAAC